UCUCUCAGUACAACGCCAGAAUCGAAGUUUUCAUCUUUGCAUGAAGUUCAUGAAUUUUGUUUGUUUGUUGCAUACGAGUUUGAACUGUGUUUGUCAGUUGUAUGAUGGAUGGCAAGAAAUGCUUUAAAUGUGGAAAGAUGGGCCACUUGAAACGAGAUUGUCCAGAAAAAGCAAAUACGAGUUUGCAAGGUUUGAAAUGUUUUGCUUGCGGAAGACAUGGACAUUUUCAGAGAGAUUGUCCAAACAUGGCCACAGGAAGUGGAGCUGACACUUCUGCCGGGCAAUUAAAACACUCUUCAAGUAAACGGCACUUGGAGAUGCCCUUUCCAGACAGCAAGUCAAUGUUUAUUGACACUCACUGCCAUUUAGAGUACGUCUUUGAAAGACUAAGACACUCUGGAAGUUUCUCAGAAUUCCAAACAAGAUUUCCUUUCCCUCCAAAUUUUGAGGGCUGUAUUACAACGUUCUGUGAUCCAGCAGCAUUUUCAUCAUUUGGCACUUGGCGUGAUGUCCUGUCGGAGCAGGGGGUAUGGGGGACAUUUGGAUGUCACCCACACAAUGCAAAGUAUUACAAUGAUGUGUUAGAAGCUAACAUCAUUCAAUGUUUGGAACAUCCCAAAGCUAUUGCACUGGGGGAAGUGGGACUUGACUACUCCUCGCAUUGUACUUCUCCCCCUGAAAUUCAAAAAGAAGUGUUUACUAAGCAAGCGAACUGGGCUGUGACGUUAAACAAACCCUUGGUAGUUCAUUGUCGGGAGGCUGAAACUGAUACACUACAAAUUCUCCAAUCCUGUGUACCACAAGAUUGGAAAAUUCACAUGCAUUGUUACACUGGUUCAAGUGUAUUUGCGACAAAAUUCUGCCAAGAAUUUCCAAAUCUCUUUAUAGGAAUGACAGCAGUGGUUACUUUUGCGAAAGCUACAAAUAUCCACGAACUUGCAUUUGAUGUGCCAUUAGACAGACUGCUGUUAGAGACUGAUGCUCCAUAUUUUGUUCCAUCACAAGUAGCUGAUAAACGUAACAAGUUUAGUAACCCUGGAAUGGCAAUAUUUACUGCUCAGAGAAUUGCAGAAAUUAAGGGUAUUCCUUUAGAUGUAGUCCUUGAAGCAGCAAGAGAGAAUACUGCAGCUCUCUAUGGAAUAUAACUGAUUUGAGCUGGAUUUUGAAAUACUAGAGCAAUCAGAGGAUCAUUUUUUGAAAACUUUUCUAAAGAAGUCUUAGUCUUAAAAAAGUACAUGUAUGCAGCAUUCAAAUAUUUUUUCUGAUACAAAGCAUUACAUGUAUUUUAUAAGUUGGUGGGAGUUAAUAGCUUUUGCUACCCAGUUUCAAAAUAGGCUGUUUCCUCCAGGUACAUGUACAUCAUUUCUUUCAAUCAAUCAAUCUUUGCUAUUUCAUUUAAAAUAGAGCCAACAGACAUCACAGCUACAAUCCCUGCAGGCUAUAGGACCUUCUGCCACUGAUAUUUAAUGAGUGAGUGAUUACAAAAUCCGUCUAUCAAAUUGUUUCCGAGUUGUUAGAACCCUCUUGUUAAGUCUACCAUACACACAAUCCAAACAUCAAAGGUGCAACAAUUAUGUAUUUUAUUGCUUGAUUGAGGUGUUAAUUGGAUGAUAUCUUACAAUGGAAAUCUCAUUACCGUUAGGCAGGAAAUUUUCAUUCUGAUAAAAGGGGGUCAAAAUUGUUGCUUCUAGAGAAUGACUCAGCAUUUUGAACCUCGUUGUUA